AUGGAUUUUUUUUUUUUUAUAUCUCAAAGUCAAAGGCAGACUUUGGAGGAUCAUACGAGAGCUAUUAGCUCUGCUCUAUUUGAUAAAACUGGUGAAACACAUUGUCAUUUUAGUUAUAUUGGGAACAACGACGAGGCAACAAUGAAUUAUAUAAAAUUAAAAAUAUUUGUGGGUAUCUUGCUGAUUCAUUUGAUUGAUCAGAUUUAUUGCGAAACAAAUACGUUAGAAGGCGAGUAUGAAACUGGAAGAGAAAUUUUAUUGUCAAUCGCAAUCAAUCAUGAAAAUACCAGCAGUAUUUUUGCAAAAAUCAAUGAAGAGUAUGAUGAUUUAACAAAUAAAUUUAAUGAUGCAAAUGAUAAAGGUGCUAUGAAUUUUAUUGAGCUAUCAAAAAAACAAAUUAGCUCGGAAGUAAAUAUUCAAGCACAUAAUCUCAACAAAAUUAGCCUGGAUGAACAAUCAAAAUAUGAAGAUUUUAUCCGAAAAAAUAUUCAAGGAUUCAAGGAAAAAAUUUCAACAACUAAUAAUUGUUUUGAAAAUAAUAAUCCAUUGAAUAAAAUUUUAAGAUGUAUUGAUCAAUAUCAAAACUCUCAAAAUAAAUUUAAUACAAUAGACAAUAGUUACUCGAAUACUAAAAAUGCAUUUAACAUGUAUAAUUCAAUUCUCAUUACGAAAAUAAAAGUAGCUGAAAAUAAUUUUACAGCUACUAUCAACCAAACUAUGUCAAUUGAAAAAAUUAUAAAUGAUGAAUUCAUCAAGAGAAAAUCAAGCAUCAGUAUACCAUCAACAUCAUCGACAAAAACGAAAAAUCGAAAUUUGAGUUUAUUAUCUUCGAGAAUACAAGUUAAUGAUACUUUAAAAAAUUUAUAUGUCAAUCAUACAAGAUGGCUAAACUCAGUUGAAUUUAAAAAUUGGAUCGCUAUUCAAUCAAUCAGAUUUUUCAGAGGAUGUGUUGAUCCAGAUAAUGCAUAUAAUUUUAAACCAGAAAGGCAUCUAAGAAAUCCUGAAAUAAGCCAGUCUGUUUCUCAUAUUGUUUAUUCAUAA